AUGAGAUGGUUUGGAAGUAAGAGAGAAGUGGAGAAUGCGUUUGCAAAUGAGAGAGCCGCGCAGAGAGCCUGUGUUAAAAAAGACAUUGAGAAGCUUUAUGAAACUGUACCACAACUUGGAAACCUGUUUAAGAUUAAGGACAAAAUUGGAGAAGGCAUUUUCAGCUCUAUUUAUUUGGCCACAGCACAAUUGCAAGUAGGAGCUGAAGAGAAAAUUGCUCUAAAACACUUAAUUCCAACAAGUCAUCCUAUAAGAAUUGCAGCUGAACUUCAGUGUCUGACAGUGGCUGGGGGGCAAGACAAUGUCAUGGGAGUUAAGUACUGCUUUAGGAAAAAUGAUCAUGUCGUUAUUGUCAUGCCAUAUCUGGAGCAUGAAUCCUUUUUGGAUAUUUUGAAUUCUCUUUCCUUUCAAGAGGUACGGGAAUAUAUGUUUAAUCUAUUCAGAGCUUUGAAACGCAUUCAUCAGUUUGGUAUUGUUCACCGUGAUGUUAAGCCCAGCAAUUUUUUAUAUAAUAGGCGCCUGGAAAAGUAUGCUUUGGUAGACUUUGGUUUGGCCCAAGGAACCUAUGAUACGAAAAUAGAGCUUCUCAAAUUUGUCCAGUCUGAAACUCAGCAGGAAAGUUGUUCACAAAAUAAAUCCCACGUAAUCACAGGAAACAAGAUUUCAUUGAGUAACCCAGCGGUACCUAAGGAGGUGGUUCAGCAGCCCACCACAAAAACUACUGUUAAAAGGCCCUACACGAAUGCACAGAUUCAAAUUAAACAAGGAAAAGAUGGAAAGGAGGGAUCUGUAGGCCUUUCUGUCCAGCGCUCUGUUUUUGGAGAAAGAAAUUUCAAUAUACACAGCUCCAUUUCACAUGAGAGCCCUGCAGUGAAACUUCUGAAGCAGUCAAAAACUGUGGAUGGAUUAUCCAGAAAGUUAGCAACGAAAAAGAAGGCUGUGUCUACAAAGGGUAUGAAUAGCGGUGUAGUGAGGAAAACUGCCAGUUCCUGCUCAGCAACCCUGACCUGUGACUGUUAUGCAACAGAUAAAGUGUGCAGUAUUUGCCUUUCAAGGCGACAACAGGUUGCUCCUCGGGCAGGUACACCAGGAUUUAGAGCACCAGAAGUGUUGACAAAGUGCCCCAAUCAAACUACAGCAAUUGACAUGUGGUCUGCAGGUGUCAUAUUCCUUUCUUUGCUUAGUGGACGAUAUCCAUUCUAUAAAGCAAGUGAUGAUUUAACUGCUUUGGCUCAAAUUAUGACAAUUCGUGGAUCCAAGGAAACUAUACAGGCUGCUAAAACAUUUGGAAAAUCAAUAUUAUGUAGCAAAGAAGUGCCAGCACAAGACUUAAGAACUCUCUGUGAGAAGCUCAGGGGUCUGGAUUCUAAUACUCCCAAAUUAACAAAUGAUAUACAGAAACAUGCUCUUCAUGUGACAGAUUAUUCUGAGAAGACUGUUCAUAAAGCUUCCCGGCUUACAGAAAUACCUGAAGAACAGCACUCAGGGAAUUCAUUAUAUAAAGGGGACAGUAAUGGCUGUAGUAGAGGUCAUUUUGAUGAAUGCACAGCCAAUUUAGAUGGCUGGGAUAAAGUACCAGAUGAAGCUUAUGACUUGCUUGACAAACUUUUGGAUCUAAAUCCAGCUUCAAGAAUAACAGCAGAACAAGCUUUGUUGCAUCCAUUUUUUAAAGACAUGUACUUGUGAUUAUUAUUUAUCAGUUAAUGUUUGCUGUCGUGUAUUGUGAAGUCAGUGGAAGUUGUGAUAUUUGUAUAAAAUAAAUAAUUUAUUUUAUUUUAAAAUGUUAGUAUUUUCAUAGCACAUCCUAAAAUCUGGAAUAAGAUUACUUACAGUGCCAGUGUAGGUUUUUGGACAAGCAAUCUGAUGUAGAUCGUCCAAAGUAGCAAAUUAGAUCUUUAGUUUCCCUUAUUCCUUCUCACUGCUCUGUUGAUAAAGAAGCACCUUUGUGCUAGCCUGUAAUUUGGAGUUCAAGGCACAAGUCUUAAAAGUAAUCAAUAUGAUGGGGAGUAAGUGUUUUGGGGUCUCU